CGUUGAGUUAAAAGUACCUACGCUUUGAGUGAAGUGUAAUUAUUUAAUUUGUGGCGAUUUGUCUUACUUGUAAAGCUUAAUUUAAGAUAUUUUUGUAUUAAGAUUAGCUUAAAUAUAAUUGACUCAAGAUUCCGUGGGUUACGUUGGGUUUAGUAGAUGCCAUAAAACAAACCUAGCAAUGGCUGUGUCCAAAUCAACAAACACGUACAAUCGUCAAAAUUGGGAGGAUUCAGACUUCCCGAUUUUAUGCCAGACAUGUCUUGGGGAUAACCCUUACAUUCGUAUGACCAAAGAAAAGUAUGGCAAGGAAUGUAAAAUAUGUUGUCGUCCGUUCACCGUCUUUCGCUGGUGUCCAGGCGCUCGGAUGCGUUUCAAAAAAACUGAGAUUUGUCAAACGUGUUCCAAGCUCAAAAACGUUUGCCAAACGUGUCUCCUUGACCUUGAGUAUGGGCUGCCCAUACAAGUUAGAGACGCUGCUCUUAAAAUACAAGAUGAUCUACCUCGCAAUGAAGUUAAUAAGGAAUAUUAUAUACAGAAUUUAGAUAGUCAAAUGUCCAAGUUUGACGCCACACAACCAAGCAACAUGGCUUUGAAAUCAAAGGGAGCAUCCGAUCUUCUUGUGCGAUUGGCAAGAACUGCUCCUUACUACAAGAGGAAUAGACCACAUGUGUGCUCAUUUUGGGUGAAAGGGGAGUGUAGGAGAGGAGAGGAAUGUCCAUACAGGCACGAGAAGCCUACAGAUCCAGAUGAUCCAUUAGCAGACCAGAACAUAAGGGACAGAUACUAUGGUGUAAAUGACCCUGUAGCUGAGAAGCUGAUGCGACGUGCGGCCGCCAUGCCCGCCUUGCCUCCCCCUGAAGACCGCACUGUAACCACCCUCUAUAUAGGCAACCUGCCUGAGAAUAUCACUGAAGAGGAGUUGAGAGGCCAUUUCUAUCAGUAUGGAGAGAUAAGGUCGUUGACUCUUGUGCCGAGGGCCCAAUGUGCCUUCGUGCAGUACACAACACGCAGUGCCUCAGAACAUGCUGCUGAAAAGACCUUCAAUAGGCUGGUUAUAGGAGGCAAGAGACUCACAAUUAAAUGGGGGAAAUCUCAAGGUCGUCAAGGUCCCAAUGACAAGAGUGAAACCUUGCCAGCAUUGGAGCCUGUUCCUGGGCUGCCGGGGACUUUGCCACCGCCACCGCCCGCUUUCUUGCAUCCCUUCCCACCACAGAUGCCGCCCCCACCGAACAGACCCAACGACUUCUUCAACCUGCACCACUACGCGGGCCCGGCGUGGGGCGCAUGGGGCGGAGUGGCGCCCCCCAUACCGCCCCCGCCCGCGCUGCACUACCCCAGCCAAGACCCCGCCCGGCUGGGGGCGCACGCGCAUGCAUCCGCACCGCAGACCUAGCACAUGCUGUUUUCUACAUGAGGCCCGAACUCGCAGUCGAAACGUACUUGUUACGAACUUUGGUGCGAAAGCCUACACAUGUUCGCUAGAUAAAUAAUAAUGAAGUUGACGAACUAUCGAGUUAUAAUUAUUAAAAGAAAACAAAUAAAUACAUAACAUAA